AUGAAGGCACAGGCAGCACUGUCUUUCUUCAUUCUUAUACCAUCUCUAUGUGGAUCUCAAGAUACAUUCUUUGUAGCUUCCUUCAGUCAUGUUAGUAUGAGUGAGCAAAUAGUCAUUGGAAGACUUGAUGAAGAUAUAGUUCUCCCUUGCUUAUUUGAGAGUGGGCCUGAUGUUGUAAUUCACUGGAAGAAUCAAGAUAACUACGUUUACUCAUACUACAAAGACAGUGACCAGUUGGAAAAGCAAGAUCGCAGAUAUGUAAACAGGACAUCCCUCUUCCGUGGUGAAAUUCACAAUGGGAAUGCCUCCCUAUGUUUCAAAAGGUUAAGCCUUCAGGAUGAAGGAAUUUAUAUAUGCUAUGUGGGAACAUUACCUGGAAAAAUCACAAACAAAGUGGUACUAAAAGUGGCAGCUUUUGUUGCACCUAUGAUGAAGUAUGAAAAGGACACCACGGGCGGCUUCUUAAUAUGCAAUGUGCUAAGUGUUUAUCCUUAUCCAAUUAUCACAUGGAAAGUGGAUAAUACAACUGUCUCUGAAAACAAGUUGGAAGAAGUUGGAUCUUUGGGUCCUUUUUCUAUUAACAGGAGAGUAAAUAUUACAGAUUUAAAUUCAUCUUAUCAAUGUGCUAUUGAAAAUACACUGCUGAAGCAAACAUGGACAGGGAGAUGGACAAUGAAAGACGGUCUUCAUAAAAUGCAAAGUGAAGAUGUUUCACUCUCAUGUAAAUGUGAAAAUAGUUCUUUCCUACUAAAUCAAGACUUCACAGUCACCUGGUCCAGAGUGGAAAGUGGGAAUUCUUUCGUCCUGGCUUAUUUUCUGAGCUCCUCACAGGAAACAAUUAUCAACAAAUCCCGACUUUCAUGGAACGAAGAACUAAUAAACCUGCAUGAUUUCUCUUUGACUUUGAAGGAUCUUCGUCUUUCAGACAGCGGGGAGUACUUGUGCAAUAUUUCUUCAAGCAAAUAUACGUUACUCACCAUCCAAACACUGCAUGUAGAAGCAAGUCAAGAAACAGUUGUCACAAUAAUUGUUCCAACUUUGGUGAUAGUUGUGGUGGCAAUUUUGUUGCUUUCAGUGGCAAUUCGAGCUGGUAAAUUAAGAAGAUGCAUCAGAACAGAAAGGCCUCUGCCGACUGAUCAGAGAUCUAGCAAUGACGGAAGUGCAGAAGAAAAUAAGGCUCUUAGCGGAUGUUCAUCCAAUACAGAAAGUGAAGACAGGAGUUGACAACACAGCACAAACAUCCUUAAUAUCCAGUGGUCUCACUUCCCCUCUCUUCACUGUGAUUCCAGCAAUAGCUUAUCAUGACCUGACAAUUCUACCAUUGCAAAGACUUGUGAUACUGGAAAGAGAAUAGUUACGUUCUUUCUCAAGACCUAAGAAUCAUUCACUGACCCCCUACAUGCAUCAAGAUUAUAAAUGCCUGGAUGCCAAGGAUUCCAAUUCAGCGUGGUAAAGAACUAUCUCAUUCAUUUACAUUCCUGCUGAAAGCCGCCCAGGAGGCUACAGUAAGGUUUCCACUAAGAACUGAGAAGAAAUAAAUCACUAGAAUAAUUCAAAAUCUGAUCAACUAAUGGUGGGUGAGUGGUAGAAGCAGAAGUCACCUUAGUGGAAAGGUGAAAAACCAGGGCCUAGAAAACAAUGCAAUUGAUUUGCUAAAGUAUUGUACUCUAGUUUUAUAUGAAUAGUUAAUAUCAGUUUAAUCAACUAGAUUUAGUAUGGUGAGCCCAAAGAGUAACAAUGUAUCUCUAAGACUACCCAGGGUGCAAAGGGCCCUAUCAACUCAAGA